AUGUACAAAAAACUGAUCAAAUUCUACGAGGAAGGGACACUGUCGUUCAAAUACGUGAUAACAUUCAACAUGGACGAGUACGUUGGUCUGCCCAGGGACCAUCCAGAAUCUUAUCACUCAUUUAUGUACAACAAUCUCUUUCGUCACAUUGAUAUUGAACCGAGUAAUGUGCACAUACUCGACGGCAAUGCAGAAGACGUUGAAAAGGAGUGUCGUGAGUAUGAGGAGAAGAUUGCCAGCGUUGGAGGGAUCGAUCUUUUCAUAGGAGGAAUUGGACCCGAUGGUCAUAUAGCAUUUAAUGAACCUGGAAGUUCGCUUUCAUCACGUACUCGGCUGAAAACUCUCAAUGCGGAUACGAUACAG